AUACAAACUUGGGAUCCGCCAUGCAUUCGGUGGUGAUUUUGUGAGAUCUGUUAUUUUCUCGGCGGCUGCUCUCACUCUUUUCCUUUCACUGCCAUUCAAUUUCCAUCACCAUCUCUUUUUCACCUACCUUCUGAGUCUUGCGUAUACUUCCUUCUCUACUCUUCUCCCUUCUCAACGCCAACCUUUCUUGGGACCCAGGGGGUUCGUAGUUGGAUCCCCUCUGCCUGCAUCUCCACCUUCUUCCAAUUCGCCCUUGGUGGUAAAGCGUGGGCUGAAUUUUCUGUAGUCGGCUGCGAGAGUAGCUCAAUUGCGUGACUCUCUGUCCGCUGAGUGCUGCUUUUCUUUUAGUAUCUGUGGAGUAUUUUUUGUUUCCUCUAAUACAGGACUGUUUCAGGAGAGACUCGCGCUUCGGAGUACAAUCUUGUAGUAGAAUUGGAACAUUUUUUGGCCAAUCAAACAGAGAAAAGCUGUCCUGCAUCAAUGAAUUAUUUCGGAUAAUGCUGAGCUGCGUACUUUUUGCCUCUCGUUUCUUUCGAGCUGGUAGCAGGAGAGAUCUUAGGGCUCUAUGAUAUUAGCGGGAUUACGGAACAACUGCGGAUGAGUUGGAAACCUUGGUGCUAGACCGUUGUCAUUAUGGCCCUCUGUCACACGCCACGCGUUCGCGAGGCGCACAUUUUGCUAAUGAACAUGGAACGCUGUAGGGCUUUGUUAGGGUUUAUGUGUUUGCAAGAACACUUAAUUCUUAUGACCAAGAGGCAUGCUGCUAAUAUUUCUUCGUUCAGUGGACAUACUGACAAGUGUUCAGCUGUUUCCUUUCAUACCACCUCUUUGUGGUCAAUCGAUCUCAAACGACAUCAUUCUCGAUGGCAUCGUCGAAUUUUUUCAUUUCCUUUCCUACUACAUUUCAACCAUGCAACUAGGACUUUCCGAAACCCAUGGAUAUUCGUACCAACAGCAAGUGUUGCACAAGGUAGGCGACCUAUAGUUACAUCAGAGGAUAGGGACUCAGAGCCACUGCUCACUUUUAGCUAUGAACCACCAGCAUUGAGCAGCGAGGAUCAGGAGGCUGAUGGUGGAGGAUUAUACAAUACUAACAGUACCGUCGAUUCUCGUGAACAAUUGCGUCGAGAGAGAAUAGCAAGCGCCAACAAAGGAAGAGUGCCCUGGAAUAAGGGAAGACGUCACUCACCGGAAACGAUCAAGAAAAUAAAAGAACGGACCAAAGUGGCUAUGCUCAAUCCAGAAGUACGGGACAAGCUUCGCCAUUGCGGAAAGAAUCAGAGCACUAAAACGAAGGCAAAAAUUCGCGAAAGCUUGAUCGACUACUGGGAUAAAAAGAGGGUCAUCAAAGAAGCGCAAGCUCUGUGUCUUCUAGAAUGGAAAGAAGUGACAGCUAAUGCUGCAAGAGUUGGAGCCCCUGGAGAGGAAGAGUACGAGUGGGAUUCUUACUCGAAAGUUAAAGAACAGUAUAGGCUGGAAGAACUUCGAGCAGUUAGACAAGCUAGAGAGGCUCAAAGAGCGCGUAAGAAGCUGGAACGAAAAAAAUUGCCUGUCUCUGAUGCCCAUCGAAAGGCCAUUUCCGAUGCCAUUAGAGCCAAGUGGAAUGACCCGGAAUAUCAAGCAAGGGUGUUUGCUGGCAUGGCUAAAAAAGUUGGCAUGAAAGGGCGACAGCGUCCACCUCCAUCAAGUAAAUUUAUUUCGAAUACUCCAAAUAUUGAAGUAACUUCCACCAAGAUGGUAAAUACAGACGCUUCCCCCGACGAAAUUUUAGUAGAGAAGAAAAGAUCGCCUCAGCCUACAGACGAUGAAGCUUUUAUCGCUCAAGUCCUAGCUGAAGAAGUUACACUACAAUCAAAAAGUGAGCGAUCCACUGCUGCUAGAAAGAAGGGGCCAACAAAAGUUACUCUAGUUAAUAGGAGAGAUCAUAGUAUGCUAUCAAAUGUUGAUAGAAUGACAGGUAUUAUGACAGAUAAAAGAAGGCCAGAAGUGGCCUUGCCAGUGAAGAGAGCUGUUCCAGAAUCUGAUGUUAGAACUUCAACCACGGGACCAGGAAAUGCCUUGCUUUCUAGCCGAAUAUCUGCACAAUCGUACAAAGACCCUCUUGUGCUGGAGAAAGUACAGAGAAUCCAACAGCUGCGUGAGGGUCGGCUUGAGGUUGAACUGAAGCGGAAGGAAGCUGCAGAUCGAGCACGCAUGCUAAUUGCAAACGCUGAGAAAGCAGCAAUUGCUUUGGAAAAAGUGGGGAAUGCUGACCCUGCUACUUUGGCUACUUUGAGAGAAACCCGACGUCUCCUCGCAGAAGCAACUAGGUCUGUCCAAGCUGCCGAAUUAAGCCAGGGAGUGUUUUAGACAAACUGGCACCGCCGAGAAACCCAAAGCCGAAUGAAAACAAGAAGCCCAUGUUUGUUCAUGUUCCCAGUCGGUUGUGGACUUAGGAAGACAGUGUAGAGAAUUGUCCUCGCCCUGUUCCUAUCCUUGGCAGAUUUGAUGGCAAUUUGAGUUCAUUUGACUGUAAGGAAGAAGUAGUAGAGAACACAGUGGGCCUGGCGAGUGGUCUUGAAGAUCGGAAAGAAGAAACUGUGAAUAGUGAUAAACUCCAUGACCCUGCGGCAGAAUGGUCUACAGUUGCCGAGAUUAUAAUUGAUGGGAUCAAGGAAAGCUUGCAACGCAAGCGUGUAGUUGUAAUGUCUGAAGAUGACAGCAGGCGAUGGUUAUCACUCUUCUUUGUGUAACCACCUUUCAAUUGGAAGAACAACUAGUGCCCUUGAGGACGGCACAGUGCCAAGCCCAACCCCUUCUGUUUGAAACGGACCCAGCGUCUUUCUCUAACGCUCGGAAAAUAUUUUAGGACUUCUAAGUUAGUGGACAUUCCUUACUGUGGAGCUGUAGCCGGCAAGGUGAGCUCACGAAGUCGCAUUGAAUGAAAUCUACAGAUGGCUUGAUAGGUAGAACGCUUGUAGUUCAAGGUCAGCACUAUCCAAGGCCAUCACGGAGCAGAUUGGAUGUUAUGACAAAUGUGCAUUUGUGGAUCAAACAAACAUGCAAGGAGAUUAGUGGGGAUCAUACAUUAUAUUUCCAAACGCAGAUUACAUAAGUUAAAUCUUAUUACAUAAUCUGCAAGCUACGUUGUGAAAAUGAGCAAUUUGCUUCCAUUGAAUUUGGUGGAACUUCUCUUC